AUUGAUGACGUUUACAGGAAAUGCACACAGCCUUAAAAAAACCGCCCCAUUGAAUAGAAUGUUUACAUUUCUUACCGACUAAAAAGCACAUUUGAACCAUUCGGGAGUCAUGCAAACGUGGUGUCUUGUUUCGAUAUGUAUUUUGCUCGGUGUUGUGGUGAGAUGGGGAGUGUCCUUAAAUUCGUAUUCCGGUGCGGGAAAACCACCCUUGUUUGGCGACUAUGAAGCUCAGAGACACUGGCAAGAAGUAACCUACAACCUUCCUGUGCAAGAAUGGUACUGUAACACCACCGACAAUGAGUUGAACUAUUGGGGUCUUGAUUACCCUCCUCUAACCGCCUAUCACAGUCUGAUCUGCGCUCAUGUUGCCAAGAUAAUAAAUCCUGAAUGGGUGGAGCUUCACAAAUCCAGAGGAUAUGAAAGUCCAUCACACAAGUUGUUCAUGAGAACCACAGUGCUGGUUGCAGAUUUACUUAUUUACAUCCCUGCGGUGGUAUUAUAUUGUUUAUGGAUAAAUGAUGGCUCCAUUAAGAAAAAGGUUUGUACUCUGCUCUGCUUUCUGAUGUAUCCAGGACUACUUCUAAUUGACUACGGACAUUUCCAGUACAAUGCAGUGAGCCUUGGCUUUGCCCUGUGGGCUGUUCUGGCUCUUGGACUGGGCUGGGAUGCAUUGGGCUCAAUGGCUUUCACAUUGGCCCUCAACUACAAACAGAUGGAACUCUACCAUGCUCUGCCCUUCUUCUGCUACCUCCUGGGAAAGUGCGUCAAGUUGGGCCUGAGAGGUCGAGGGUUGUUGCUGUUUCUGAAAGUCGCUGCGACAGUGCUGGUGACUUUUGCCCUCUGUUGGCUGCCCUUCUUGUCUGACCCUAGCCAGACCUUACAGGUGCUCAGGAGAAUCUUUCCCGUGUCUCGAGGCCUAUUUGAGGAUAAGGUGGCCAACACAUGGUGCAGCUUGAACGUCCUGAUAAAGAUUAGAUCCAUUCUGUCCAGUGACUUUCAACUCUACCUCAGUAUGGCCUGCACUAUUUUAGCAGUCUUACCAUCCUGUAUCCAAGUGUUGAAAAAACCCACCUUCUGGCAAUUUAAAGUGGCUAUGGUCAACUCAUCUCUGGCAUUCUUCCUCUUCUCUUUUCACGUCCACGAGAAAUCCAUUCUCUUGGUUUCCUUGCCUGUCUGUCUCUUCCUGAAUGACCUUCCACUAAUGGCCAUUUGGUUCCUACAGGUUUCAACAUUCAGCAUGCUGCCUUUGUUUCUGAAGGACGGUCUUUUCGUGCCCUACGUUGUGACCUCGCUGGCCUUCCUCUUCCUUGGCACCUACUUGCUGUCGGCACUGGACCACUGCUCAGAAGAAGAGCUUGGGCUGGAAGCUUACCGAAAACUUUUGUUCUUCCUACCCAACUUGGACCUGGCUUGCAUAGUCAGAUGGAAGUUCUACAUCAGUGUCACGGCCAUGGCGGGUUUGAGCGCUGCCAACGUAACAUUCGACACGCCGCUUCAUCUGCCCGACUUGUUUCCUGUCCUGGUGUCGACGUUUGCUUUCGUGCAAUUCUUGGGAAUGUUUAUCUACUUCAAUGUCAUCCAGUUCAACACUUUACCGAGCAGAAAGAGACAGAAGAAGAACAAAUAAUUCCAGCAGGUAACACAAACACACACACACAUUUGGACUUUUGAUUCAGGGGAGCCGUAAUGAUGCACAAAACAAAGGUGUGUCAUUCAUCACUAUGCACCACACCUUGAGCUCACUGUCAGUCCAUACUCUUUAUCAGUUCCAACAGUUUUUUCUUAAUUAAGCUAAUUUUUUAACAAUGCGAUAAUGAUGAUUUAUAGUUGAACUGGACUCUCAUUGUAUUCAUGUCUUUUCAAAAUGUAAAAAACGUUCAAAUUAAAAACAAACACUCUUGUUGAAAUAUUUCAUUAGUUUUAGUGAAUAAUAAUACAAGGAUUUACAAUGAGGUUUUAGUACUUUCAAUGCAACUGUGCAUACAAUUUGACGACACAUUAAAGAUCAUGCAGUUGCUUGUGCUCUAAAAGCAAGUUUUUUUCUAAA